AAUUCUUAAAGUCAUAAUUGGCAGAGAAAACUGCCAUGUUGUAAACAUAUUUGUGUGUCUCUCCCAGGCGGGCGGGCGUUGUCGAGUCAGCCGGAGCCAAGCCCACAGGACAUGCAGUCUGCCUCAGAGCUGCGAGCACUCACUGGACUUAGCUAGCGAGCUAGCCAUGAGCUAACAAGUAGCCAGCUAAAGUCUUCUCAUUUUGCCACAAUAAUUUAGUCUUCGCCAAACGCUGUGCCAAGGAAUAAUAAUUCUGCCCCUCACUGCAGCUGGGAUCUCUGGUCUAAUUUCACUGUCUUAACUUCGCAAUUCUCCCUUCCUCUUCCAAUCCCACCUUGAAAUUUAUCUCUCCCGCACUUGGAACACUUGGGUGCAUUGAGCCAUGGCAGCUGCAAAGCCAAAAGGACAGAACUCUCUAGCCCUUCACAAAGUGAUCAUGGUGGGCAGUGGGGGAGUGGGAAAGUCAGCCCUCACUCUCCAAUUCAUGUAUGAUGAGUUUGUUGAAGACUACGAGCCCACCAAAGCAGACAGUUACAGGAAGAAAGUGGUGCUGGAUGGAGAGGAGGUACAGAUUGAUAUCCUUGACACAGCCGGGCAAGAAGACUAUGCAGCCAUCCGGGAUAACUACUUCCGCAGCGGCGAGGGGUUCCUCUGUGUAUUCUCCAUCACAGAGCUCGAAUCAUUUGCAGCAACAGUAGACUUCAGGGAGCAGAUCCUGCGAGUGAAGGAAGAUGAGAAUGUGCCCUUCCUCCUGGUUGGUAACAAGUCAGAUUUGGAGGACCGGCGGCAGGUCAGCGCGGACGAGGCAAAGGCACGCGCUGAGCAGUGGGGUGUGUGCUACGUGGAGACUUCAGCCAAAACCCGUGCCAAUGUUGACAAGGUGUUCUUUGACCUGAUGAGAGAGAUCCGGGCAAGGAAAAUGGAGGACAGCAAAGAAAAAAAUGGAAAGAAGAAAAGUAAAAGUUUGGCCAAGAGAAUUAGAGAGAGAUGCUGUAUUUUAUAGUGGCAAAAGAGAGCAGGAUAACUGCUUAUGUACAUAUACAUUUCUCAGACUUUUGCAUUUAUUUUGUGCCCAUACCUGACCAUGACUUUCUGUGCUGGUUGCCAGGACAUCUGACCAUGUGUCAGGAGUAGUAAGGUGGCACUUCAUACACCAUUUAUAGCUCAAUUUAACUUUUUAUGUGCUGACACUCCAAAUAAUUAAUGUACUUUCUCUCUCUCUUACUCUGACCGCGUUACAGAGUGUAAUAAAUGGAUGGUGUUUUUAAUUUAGGCCUAAGCUUGAAAUGAGGCUAAACCCCAAGCUGUUUAAAAAAACCUGUCAUUGUAGAGUUUGAUGUGUAUGAUAUCUUCAGACAACUGUGCAGAGGUUGAACAGAAACAGGAGCUGAUCUUGGAGGGCCCCAAAUCCAUAUUCUAGUCUACCUUCUUUGGUAGUAAUUGUACGUUAUAUGUAAUGUUAGACUCAGCAGUGUGGUGUCAACACAGACUUCCUUUGAGUGCCACCAAGAAAGCGCACAUUGCACUGAUGAAUCUUAAAGCGUUUUUAAAUUGAAACAUAGACCAUCGUCUAUCAUUUAAGCCAGAGCUGAAAUUUGAUGCCAUUCCUAUUUGUCGUUUUUACACCUUAAUUGUGUUACGGAUUUUAAACACACACUUUAAUUUGUGAGUUCAAAGUGUUCUUCAUUUGUCUUUCUUUCUAAAUCUAGGACACCAACUAGUGUAAAAUAAGCGCACUAAUAUUUCCUCUUUUUUUCCCCUUCCUAUUUCAAUUGCACAAACUGCAUCGAUCAUUACCCUUAAAUCUGUGAGGGAUCAUACAACACUUGAAAAUACUUCACUCUAACAUUUCAUUUCAAAAGUUUUACCUCACUCAGUAAAAGAUUUUCAUUGCCUUUUUAUUGAUGGAGGAAUCCCUGGUGCUCUGAUAAAAGGUGAUUCCGUAACACUAAAUCCUUGACAUCUGCUGUCUUUAACACAUCUUGGAGUUUAUCAAAUACAUUGAUUGCAGUCAUUGAAGGAUUUUUUUUUUCCUCCCUUAAAACACUAACCUUGUAUUCCCUCUUUUAUUUAUUUAUUUAUUUGUUAAAAUUGGGAUUAAAGUGGGAAUAAAGUCAUGGGUGGACUUCUUGAGCGAAAACAGAUGCAGGCUCUUAUCAAAGCAAAGUGGUACCUGUCUGACAUGGUUGUGCUUCAUCACCAAAGAAAAAAUGCUAUCUAGUGCAAACAAGUGCCCACUUUAGCCACCAUAAUUAAGCGAAUGACAACUCGCCAUAAAGAGUAUGCACCGCCGUGCAUCUUUUUAGUGUACUUGAUGCAACCCAGGGCUGUGUCUGUGUAAAACUUUUCUUUGUUGCCAGACGGACGAUGGCGGUGGUCAGAGGGAGGCGGGUGGACGCGGAAGGGUUUGAUUCUGAACACAGCCUGGGGAUGAAUGCAAGGAUAUGAGGGGUUUACUUAUUCUUGUACAGUACAUCGCUGUUGCCUCUGUCCAUUGUGAAUGUGAAUGAUCUCCCCCUACCCAUCCCAGUUGUCUGUACUCUUCAGUUUUCAGUGAUACGCAAACUACAGAGGUCAUCUUGCUUUGUUUAUCUUUGUUAUACUUUGUGCAAAGUUGCCCUGUGUAAUAAUGCUGUAACAAUACAACUUUUUGGAAUAUCUGAUUGGUUUAUUUAAUGUUGCUCUUAUGGUUGGGUUAUGUUUUUUGUUUUUGUUUUUUUUUUGUUUUUGUUUUUUUUUUUGUUCUUCAGUAAAGCGGAGAUUAAAGCAACAUAGAAAAUUGGUAAAAUGAGAAUGCUAUAUGAUUACAGCUUAAUUAUAUAGACCAAAACCUACUGCUAAGUCUGUCCCUCCAUUCUCAUCGCUUCCCUUUUUGUCUCUUAGCCACUUUUUCCCCACCAUGGAAACCUUAUCAAAGAGUUGAUUUCAUCUUUUGAAUAGUUUUUAAAGUUGAUCACAGAAAAUCUUCCCAUUGAGGGCUAAAGAGCUGCCUCUUUGUACUCUGAUCUGGUUAAAGAUUUUUUUUUAAGUUCAUACCUGUUCACUACACUCUAGACUAAAUGUGGUGUGUGCUGCCAGGGGAAACAGUCCACAGCUUCUGCUGAAUGAUUUCUGCAACCAAAAGGAUCCUGAACACUGUAGACUAUGCAAAAAUAACUGCAGAGGGGAAGCCAGUACAAAACGUGGCACAGCUCAAGAUAUCGUCAGUGUAUAUAGAAUAUUUUUAUAUAGUCUUUGGCUGUGUUUUGGCAUCCUUAUGAGUGUAGAAAGGACUUAAAACUUGAAUGCCGGUUAGAGAUUUGGCCGCAGUUUGGAAAACCUAACAUUGCUCAAAGACUGUUAAUGAGCCAUGUUUGAAUAUACUCAAAAAAAAAAAA